GCUGAUAUUUCAUUGGCUGCGUCAGCAAGCGACGUCACAGUGGUACAAUAUACACGAUCGUCGGAUACCAUAAGGCUAUCGCCAGGAAGGUCUUGAUCAGGAAAAGUAUCAACAGAUGACUGAGAGACUUCGACGAGGUUAGCCCCCCUACAGCCGAUCCGUGAAUGAACUUAUUUCUUGAGAGACAAAAUUGUUUUGAAGAUUUCCGUUUGGUGUGUUUCUGCUAAGAGAAUGUCAGUUCCCAGCCUAAAAAAGCUUAACUUAAAGAAGGCAGCGGAGAAGCUUACAUUCAAAGAAGUAUUAGCGCUCAUUAGCGAUCUCAACUUUCCAGAGGAUAUUCUCCUGCAUCUCCUUAAGGUGUUGGCUGAUAAAACAAAUGCAGAACUUGAGCAUUUUGAUGAAGAAAAGGACUGCUAUGUAAAUAGCGAGGAGAGGCAUUUAUGUGGCAUUAUUUGCUGCAAUGAAUUUAAAAAAUUAAGUGCUCCUGUAGUAAGACUGAGAGAUGAAGAAAAAAUAAGCCAAGAACAAUAUUUAUACUAUCUGUUUUCAAUUGACCAGUACUAUGAAACUGAAAAAAAUCAGCCAGUCCUUGUGCCCAUUCGAGUUGAGGUGUUGAGAAACCUCAUAAAAUAUGCCCUAGAUCUAGAUGAAGAGCAAGAGAUGAGCCAAAACGGCUGGACAGUUAGUGAUUUUUGCAGGCCAUACUACGGAUCAGCAUUUUACCAAAAAUGUAUUCAAUUCACAGAGAGCUUACCCUAGCUGAAAAGGACUACUCUCAGUCACCAAUUCUCUCCUGAAUUGUUUGACUUCCACUGAGAAUGCUAUGUUCAAAAUGACUAUUCAUUGUCAGUUUCGAAAUUUAGCGUUCAAAAAUUACCUAUGUAGUUACAUUAUGUAUGUAGCAGCAAAGAAUUUUUUGCAGGAUUUUAUCCAAAUUGCCAGGAUCAAACACUGCAAUCAUUUGGAUUUCCAUCGAAUCAAAAUCUUCCCAGUGCUUCUGUGGUGCCUCAAGCGUUGUUUCAUUAUCCUUCGGAAAUUCGUCAAUAUUUCAUGAGAAGUUUUUGAGCAUUUUCUUCAAAAUAACAUGUCAAUUUUCUAAUUUUAAUUUUUGUUUCUUCCAUUAACUUUUAUACUUUCAAUAUUGUUUCAUCAUUGUGAGAA